CAAGCGCUCACAAAGACGUAAAACAAAGGUAGCCUACUACUGGACAGAUUCAGGCAAAUAGGCGACGUGUUUAUAUCCAAAGGCUGCUCUAGAAUCUCUGAGAAGGCAGAUUCUGCAAAAGGAAUAGAAACCUCUCACCACAUCUCAGCCAUCAAUCAUGAAUGAAAUUCGUUUAGCUAUUGACAUUCUGCUCUUGUGUAUAUCCUGUGGAGCAAGUGCACUGGCAGCCUUCAAUCCCACUGCAUCUUCAUCUCUGCCAGCAACCAAUUUCACUGAUAUUAAAUAUCUCACCGAGGCCGCAAACCUUCCCAAAACCAGACGGAAACGUUAUAUUUCCCAGAAUGAUAUGGUCACUAUUCUUGAUUACCAUAAUAAAGUCAGAGGAAAAGUUUUCCCCCCAGCUUCAAACAUGGAAUAUAUGGUCUGGGAUGACACUCUUGCAAAAACGGCUGAGCAGUGGGCGUCUACAUGCAUUUGGGAGCACGGUCCUCGCAAUCUUCUUAGAUUUCUGGGUCAGAACCUUUCAGUUCGAACAGGAAGGUACAGAUCCAUUUUGCAGCUGGUGAAGCCCUGGCAUGAUGAAGUGAAGGACUACUCUUUUCCCUAUCCUCGAGACUGCAAUCCCAGAUGUCCUCUUAAGUGCUAUGGGCCAAUGUGCACUCAUUAUACACAAAUGGUGUGGGCAACCUCGAAUAAAGUAGGAUGUGCCAUCCACACUUGCCAUAAUAUGAAUGUUUGGGGUUCAGUAUGGAAGAGGGCAACAUACUUGGUGUGCAACUAUUCCCCAAAGGGGAACUGGAUUGGUGAGGCCCCGUAUAAAGUAGGUGUUCCUUGCUCCACGUGCCCUCCGAGCUAUGGAGGAUCAUGCAGUAACAACAUGUGCUUUCCUGCUGUGAACUCAAAUUACCUGCACUGGUUCAAAUGAACACAGACAGACAGAAUGCACAUGCCCCAUUACAGAGACACUGUCCCUCAUGGGAAUUUGCACAACAUUCCUGCAUCACCCUGUUUUUUAUAUUAUGGGCCAUAUAGGACCAUGGGUUGCAAGGCAGCAAGUUUUUUAAAGACAUGUACAUAACUUAUUUUUCAGUGUUUAUACCAUUAUAUUAUAUUGUUUUGUGUAUGUACCCAUUUAUAGGACAUUUAUUUAUAGUUUAUUUCCUGAGAGGGACUCUACUGUGAUCUGUCAAGUCAGGAUUGGUGCUUACAGUAUUCAACCGUAACUGUAUUCAGAGAUCACGAGGUGCAGUUGCCAAAAUUCCCAUCAGGCCUUGUUAGCAAGUCUAACAUUGCACGUUGUCUGUAGUCCCAGACUGGUCCUAAUGGGAUAAUUCACCCAAAAAUGAACAUUCUGUCAUAAUUUACUCGCCCUAGUGUUGUUUUAAACUCUUUUUCAUCUGUGGAAGACAAAAGAAGACCUUUUGGAAGAAUUUUUCAGCUGUUUUUGUCUAUUAUGAAAGUCUUGGACCCCAUUGACUUUUCUUGUAUGGACAGAAACUGCUGAAACAUUCUUCUAAAUAUCAUCCCACAGAAAAUUUUCUGUUAUCAUUUACUCAUCCUCAUGUCGUUCCAAACCUGUAUGACUUACUUCUAAAAGAAAGGAAAAGAAUGUUGGUAAUGCUGAAGCUGUUUGGUUACUGACUUUCUUCAAAGUAUCUUCUAUGUUCAACCGAAGAAACUAAGUUUGUAACAACUUGGGAAUGAGUAAAUAAUGACAGAAUUGUCAUUUUAGGGUGAACUAUCCCUUUAAGUCAUAUGAUGUCAUGUCUAUUAACCCUGGUGGUUGACUUUUGGUGCUUCAGAAGAAAUGUUAAGUUAGUUGUUCUUGAACUGGGCUCAGACACACUAGAACUUCACUGGUUUGAAUACACUCACUGGCAUCCUUAGUAAUGCUUUGCUUUGGGUCUUCCCUCUUGGAAGGUUUCCACAUGCUUAAAGCUUACAAGCGUGUGCUUGGGGCUUAGAAGUUGUGGAUUAGGCAUCAUUUGGAAAAACCUCUGCAUUUUGCAAU